GUGGAAUCUGCGGCAUGGGAUAGGUACAAGGAGGAGAUUAUCUCGCUUUAUCGCGAGUCGAGCUUGAAGGACACCAUGAUCAAGAUGGAUGAAAAGCAUGGCUUCCAAGCGAGUAAAAGUCAAUACAGAGCAAGGCUCAAAGCCUGGAAAAUUGGCAAACAUGCUACUGCUGAUGUUUGGGUGUUCAUCAAUGGCAGACUGAAAAAACGCACACGAGCAGGGAAGAAGACCGACGUCCUUCUAUAUGGAGAACUACAGCCUCCCCAGAAGGUGGCCAAGGAGAUCGCAAGGAAUGUCACCGUGGUUGAC